GAGGGACCAGUCCCAUGUAGCGAUUCCCUGGUCCUGGUCAGGAACUGAUCUCUAAGCGGCUCGCAGUGUCUGCAGGAACUGCGUAAUGGCGCUAGGGGGCAGGGCUACUCCCAGCCUGAUACCUUGCCAGCACGUCCCACAAACCAGGCUCAAAUGGCUGCAGGAAAUGCGUAACGAGCAAGGCUGGGGCCAGCACUUCUGUGGCUCCGCCCAAGAAGCUCCGGCUUUGGGAGGGAGCAGAACCGAACUCGUGGAGUACGUUAGGCCACCUGACCUAAAGUGGCGCCUCGAUGCGGGGCGGAGUGGCGGGGGGCGGGGGAGAGGCGGAGCCCUAGUUGGAAUCCACAGGGCUCUGGGAGGCGGAGCGUACGCAGGACAGCCCUAGGAAGCAAGCUUAGCGGGCUGUGGGCAUGCUCCGCUGGGCGCGAGCGUGGAGGGUCCCCCGUGGGAUACUCGGUACCUCCUCUCCCAGGCGUUCAGCGGUUCCUGUCACGUUCACUAGCAGCCGCAGUAGUGGCCAAGGAAACCCCUAUCUGAGGCCGCUGCCGCUAUCCUAUAAUCUUCUAGAUGGAGACGCGACACUCCCAGCCAUCGUCUUUUUGCAUGGACUCUUCGGCAGCAAAACCAACUUCAACUCCCUCGCCAAGGCGAUGGUUCAGAGGACCGGCAGGAGGGUGCUGACGGUGGAUGCUCGGAACCACGGUGACAGCCCCCACAGUCCAGAUGCAAGCUAUGAGGCCAUGAGUCAGGACCUUCAGGGCCUCCUCCCACAGCUGGGCCUGGUGCCCUGCGUCCUCAUUGGCCACAGCAUGGGAGGAAAGACAGCCAUGCUGCUGGCACUACAGAGGCCAGAUGUUGUGGAACGAUUAGUUGCUGUAGACAUAAGCCCUGUAGGAACCACACCUGGAUCAUACCUUGGACACUUCAUAGCAGCCAUGAAGGCUGUUGAGAUCCCAGAGAAGGUGCCGCACUCCCAGGCCCGAAAGCUGGCGGAUAAGCAGCUUAGCUCCAUUGUCAAGGAAGCAAGCAUCCGACAGUUCCUACUCACUAACCUGGUGGAGGUGGAUGGGCGCUUCUCCUGGAGAGUGAACCUGGAUAGUUUAGCACAGCACUUGGACAAGAUUUUGACCUUCCCCCAGCAACUUGAGUCCUACUCGGGGCCAACUCUCUUCCUGCGUGGUGGAAAUUCUCCAUAUGUACAACCCAGCCACCACUCAGAGAUUAGGCGGCUCUUCCCUCAAGCCCAGAUCCAGACGGUGCCUAAUGCUGGCCAUUGGGUCCACAGCGACAAACCCCAAGACUUCAUGGGUGCCAUCACCACCUUCUUGGCUUAAGAAGUAGCUCCUUGGAAGAACAGCCCGAGGACUGUAGGCUUGGGAUCUUUGCCAUCUUGCUUCUGCACAGAAAAACUCAGGGGCACCGAGAGGGUCCAGGGGUACAGAGGUGGCCCAACACUUUAAUGAAUAAAGACAGUUCUCUUAAA